GGGAUGAUUUGGAAUAUUACAUGGUAAAUGGAAGAGAUAGGAAUGGAGAUGGUGUGAGAUGGAAGCACAAGCAUGAGUAUGAGAGUGACCAGUUGCCGGAUUUCAUGAUGUACAAUGCGGGGACGCAGGUCGAGGAAAGAACGGUUGUAAUUGUUUGAUACACAUCAAGGCUGAGCACAUUCCGCCAAACAAACAGAACGACCCUCUCCUUCAAUACUUCACCCGCAGAUUACGACAUGGACUGGCAAAGAGCAGGCGAUUCUGUUGCAGCUCUCGAACGACUUGGCAAAGACGACGUUGCAGGCAUAGCGCAGACUGUUGGCACCAAUAGCAUUCCGGAGACUCACGAGCUGCUGCUUCUGCUGAACGAUGCCGCUACGAAGAAAGGCGACGUGGGUCUGACGUUGCGAGACGUGCCUGCAGCAAUCGAAGUCGGCCAAGAGUGCAACGAGGAGCUCGACGUCAUAGCCGAAGCUCUGGCGUGGUGUCAAGAACAGUGGGACGUGGUCGAGGAGCAGAAGCGCUACAGCGACUACUGGCUGAUCACUCCUGCCAUUGCUGAGGACAUCGAGAAUGGACAUCGAGAAUGCUAUCAAUGGUCCAUCUAGAGCUCCGUCGACCCGUCUAACCACGCCUGCUGAACCUGGCACUCCACGCACAGGCCCCGGUAUUGCCGGCUCCUGCGAGCGCUGCAAGCACCACAAAAUCCGCUACGACCGAAAGGCUCCCUGCACCAACUAUGCUCGCAUGAAGAAGAAGGUCGUGCGCGAGUACAAGCCGUCUAAGCGGAGUUAUCGCUCAGUCGACCUCAUGCCGCAGUCACCCAAGGUGGAGGAAGAAUAUAUCCAACCAGC